UGCGCCUCGCGAGAUAACGAAGGCCUAUAAUGAUCGCUGGGUGCUGAUGUGCUAUCAAUGGGAUGUUAUAUGUACAUCAAGCGGCGACUGAUGCAUCUUAUCGGUGUAUGCUGAUUUGCCUGCUUGCCCGUGUGAUAAUGAUCUGUACCUCAUGGACAAGCUUUCCGUGGUCCCCAUCAAGAUUCAACAUCAUCUGCGCUGGCGCCAGAUUGGGUGUCGAGUCUUGACAGUCUCCCCCUCCCCGUUGGUAUCGACGAGAGGCUUGAUCGACUCCAAUAACCGUGGUCAGCGAACGCAUUUGAUCCAGACACGCCUCCAAGGUUGUUCAAGCGACGUUUUAUACGCUACGGUAAGCAGGGAUCUGGCUUCUUCGGUUCGGGCGAUGUUUCAUCGAUUCUAUAUGUACCUCCGAUUUCUUGCGAUUAUGCUUGCCGUGUCCACCGCACUCGGUAGCGAUUAUCAAGUACACGGACACGGCAAGUGCAAGGUCACUUAUAGGUCCAAGUGGGCACGGCAGGCCUCAGGGGAUCAUAGUCACUUCGAGCUGAGAGCCCAAGAGUCUACAGCGCUACUACGGUGGACAAUUGGAUUCAAUCGAUGGUAGACAUCUUGUCACCCAUGGCUCGUGUAAUCGCCAGUCUAAUGGACUAGAUGACUUGAAUCCCGACCUGCAACCUUGAGAGUCAUUGCCAUCCCCGAAAAAGAAGGCCCGGCUG